AUGACGUGGACGGAUGAGAUGAGAAGGGCUGAACGGCUGAGAUGCAAGAAAAAACUAAUCAGGGGUGAAAUGAGACAAACCCAUUUGGGAAGUGUGACCACCACCCUUGAUGCGGAUACACAUGUCGACUCCAGCAAAGCGGUGGAAACCAAGAAGAAGAAUGGGCUCGAACGCCUUGUAGCGGAGGAUCUACGGCUGGACCAUCUCGAUUGGGACUUCGUUCAUUUUUAUCAAGCCUCAGCCGCUCUUGCAGUGGGUCACGGCGGCGGCGACGGCGGUUUUCUUCCUGCCGAAAGAAAGAAAUCUCUUUCCCCUUUAAAAAUCAGUUAA